GAAAGCCUGUUGAUGGAUGAGCUGCAGCCUUUCCCUGCAGGGGUCGCCUUAUAGCCGCCAUUUUGUUCCAAUUUAGCGGAUUUUCGCAAGAAUUUCGCGGAUUUGAUCAAAACAAAUAAUGUGGAUUAAUGUUUGAAGUAACAAUGGCUGGUUGAGUGACAGGCGGGCUAAAUAAUUGGACGUUAUGAUUAACAGGUUUCAUGGUCUUCCUGUCACGGCACAGCUUGAGGGAGAAGUAUAGUAGAUCCGCCGUACUGUCACGCCCGGGGACCCCGCACCUACCCGUCCGCCACUGCUUCUGUCAGUUUGCCAAUAUCCACCAGUGGGAAAAGAUCCGUCAAAUUCAAGAAAAGUGUUAAUUUAAUAAGAAAUCAUUGAAAUCCUUGUUCACAUGACUGUCCUGGAAGAGGAGAGAUUAAGGAUGAGUUCUGGACUUACUCUGGGAGAUAGAUACAUCACCCCAGAGUACUUAGCCCCACUACCAACUUCGCCUGAAUCAAAGAAUGAGAAGUCUCCUCUACAGUUGUUGGCGCAGACCUGUAGUCAGAUAGGAGCAGAUAAUGUGUCCUCCAAGAUACUUUCAACCACAGAGAAGUUGAAACCAAAGGAUGAGAAGAAAAGAGGAGAUGUGAGCCCAAGCAUUAAUGUGAGUGAUUCUAAACCUGUCUCCUUUAAACCCUACGCCAGUGAUGACAAGGUCCGGGUCAAUUCACCCAAAACCCCGUCAGCAUCUAGUCCUCAUCAGCUGACAGCAGGACGAGAUGGAACCAAAGAAUCGUCCUCUAAGACCUCUACCCCGUCCUCCUCCUGCAGUGGGACCUCCCCAGUUAUUCAGAGUGGGCUAGAGGUACUAGCUGGACAUGCGAAGGACGGAGGACUAGGAAGGUUGGGUAGUUUAGAUCCUUCUAAUCCUGCUUUCCGACCUCAAGGACUACCAGGAUAUCCUUCAUCUAUGGGACACCCUGGAGUCUGUAGAGAUCCAUUUUGUCGUGAUCCAUCCUGCCCAACAGCUAAUUAUAAUGCUUAUCUAGCCCGUCUAACCACUACUGGUGGCCUACCUCCAGGCUACCUGGAGCUACUGGAGGCAUACAAGAUGUACGCUCCAGGAGGCAUGUCAAGCAUGCCUCCAACAUCUCUACCCUCCCCUACCAGUGCCUCACUGGGACCAGGAGGUCCUUAUAUUUGUAAUUGGAUGAAUGGAAGAGAGUAUUGUGGUAAGAGGUAUACUAAUGCUGAGGAGCUGUUAAUCCACUUGAAAACCCACACUAGCUUGUCAGUGUCAGAGUCUCAUCUAGCUUCAACCCCAUCCCUUAAUCCAGCAAUAGCUGCAUACAGCUCCUUGUUUGCUGGGGCUGGAGCAGCAGCCAGUCUACGGGGACCAUACCCCAGUGCCUUGUCCCUUGCUGCUUCUAGAUAUAAUCCCUAUGGAAAACCUGGAUAUCCUAGUCCCCUUCCUCCCUCUCUCUCUGGACUAGGACUACCUGGAGGUCCUCCUGGACUACAGCACUCAAUGGGAGGAGGACUCUCUCCCUAUCUUUCAUCCUUAGGAGCACACAACCCUCUCUCCCUGUACAGUUUGUAUGGAGCUAGGUUGUAAUCUUUUAUCAUGAUGGAUUACAGGAAUACAGGGGGGAUAUAUAUAUAAUGGUUAAUCCUGAGAUUAAUGUGCUCUGUGAAGUGUUAAUCUAGUGUUGACACAAGUUGAACAAAUAAGUUGGACCGGGGGGAUGAAACUAGAGUGUUGAUAAUAUCUCUGCAAAAACUGGGUCUACUCCUCUAUCUAUCUAUCCAUCAAGGGGGAGACGGAUAAGAUCAUAACACAACUGGAAAAGUGUAAAAUAACACUAGUGGGAGACCCAGGGAUAAAAACAGCAUGAAACUUGUCAAACCUGACAGUUAGACAGCCAGAGACAGCCUGAUACAUUGUGUAUCGUGACAUCACGAGAUCUAAAUGUCGUGCGGAGCAAAUUCAUUGCUCUAUCCUAUUGUGCAGAGUCGUUCAUCAAACCUGUCACCCUCGCCCUGCCACAUAUACCCAGCACACAAACCCCCCUUCCCUUCUCCUUCGUGAUAAAUCAUCUCAGAUGUAACUUAAAUUUGAUAUAUGGCCAGCCGAUGAUCAUCCAAAAUGAAAAAUGGCUGAGGGAGAGGAGCUCUAGCAGUGAACAAAACACAAGAAUAGCAUUAUAUCCAACUCUACAUUAAUCAUUACAGCAGACCUGGAUCUCUGCUGCUCUGCAACCUAAUCUAUUAUUAAUCGUACACAACAAACGAGGAAAAUCUCCCCCCCCCCCCCUCUUCCUCUGCUAACUCCAAUCAUAAUCCUUUUUGUGUUUAGCCCAAGUCACCAAACAAGUUUGGAUUUUCACAUCAAACAAGUAUCAUUCUUCCCACCAAACAAAGCUGAUUUAGCCCCAAACAAACCUGUUCUUGCACACCAAACAAGGCUGAUGUUUUUGAACACCAAACAAUCAUUUCCAAAAAAACCAAACAAGUACUGUUCAACCCUGAGAACCUUAUAUAAAGCCUACCUACAAGGCCCCCAUUUUUUCCCCUGACGUGAAGAAUGAAAGAUGGCCACAAGAACUACAUAGAGUUAAUUUGUUGUUUCUCCAUCCCUCCUCCCUGGUCCAAAUUACACAAUCCAUUAGGUUUGGUUUGUGUAGAGCUGGGUCUAGAAGGAGCAGGAUGGGGGGGGGAGUGGGUUCCCUCUCUCUCUCUCUCUGUAUUUUGAUAUAUGAGUGUGCUGGCUGGAAACCAAGGAUCAAUUAAUCACGUGGUGGCAGCCGCGUGGCAGGCAAGACCCCAUUAAUCUUCCUAACGAUGUCGGAACAAAAUGAAUUGCUAGAGGCCGGGGCGGGGGAUAUACGCUGACAGGAGGGUUGGUGCCGAGUCCAGGGGCGGGGCAGGAGGCGUGGCAGUGUUCAGGGGCUCCACCAGGUCCAAAGGAUAACAGGAAUAGUUACCAAGAGCUGACAGGAAAUGAAACAGGUCCCAGACUUUAAGGAAAAAGGGUGGAUCCCAAAAUCUAUGAGGGGUUCACCCCCCCCCCCCCCCCCUCCUCCAACAACAAUUUUUCAAGAUAACUAGUUUCCAGGAGAAGUGAGAAUAUGAAGUUUACUCUGCAACUAGGGGAAUACAGGAGGGGGAUUAAACCAAGAAAUUUGAACUGUAGGAAAAGAGUGUAUGGACCUACACUCACUUCAAGUGCAAUCCCGGAGUAUUUUCUCCCGGAGUUAAUCUACUACCGGAGAAGUGUCUCCUGAGCUUAAACAGAUCUAAUAAUCUCCAGGCAGGAUUAGAACUGAACUUGUCAAGUGAUAAAUCUUAGUUAAUUUGAAAAAUUCCGUGAGCGAUAAAGAAAUGCGGGGAAUGA